AGCACUCCGAGCAGUGCGCGAAUCAUCAGUAUUCAAUUUUGCAUAAUUUCAGUCAGAGACCAAUGAAACUGCGCCGGUCGUUGUCAGUCUGCUCGAAUAAAGAUUAAAGUGGAUUUGUACCUCUUUUGAUUUACGUGAAUCUGUUUUGUUUUUGUUUGCUUGAAAUUUGUACCAUAGACCAAAUUGAUUGAACUCCAUCUCGUAAGACUGAAAUGUAUGAGUGAAUUUAGGAAAUUGGACAAUAGCAAAGAUGAUCAAUGUGCGAACAAAGUUUAUAAAGAGGUUGGUAACCACUACUGUCUUGAUUUGUUGUCUUUACUUUGCACACAAUGUGAUAAUGUGGAGAGCACUGGAAUCGAAAGCAACGGUAUCAAGACCAAGUUUAAGUGCUACCAGGACUGAACAACAGCUGGUCACGCUUGAUGAAUGCCCCGUUCUAAGAUACAAUCCCAGCAUUCCUCUGCCUUUUGAAGGUUGUCGUCGUGUAAAACCUGCCAGUGGAUCCUGUCAACUUGCUCAAGAGCUAUUCUUUUCAGAGCCAACAGCUACAUGCAAACCUCAACUGAAUAAAAAUAAAAACAUCUGUCAAAUUAUUGAGCAUGAUGGUCAGUUUGAUGUUGAAUGUUUUGAAAAAGUUUGUGUUGAUGAGACAAUGGUUUUCCUCGGUGAGAUAAAUCGAAAUACUGGGAUACUAGAAUGGCAAGACUUUCCAUCUACACAUGACCUUGAAACACACCUGAGGGCGGUGUUUACAAAACAGAUUGAUCAUUAUGGGUUUUGUUUUAUCAAAUGUGCAGUCAGCACUCACAAGUUAGCUCAGCAACUACUGAUUGUACCGCCUUUUAUUCCGCCUAAUAAGAAUUCAAAUUCGCUAUCAAAAUUCAAUAUUAAUAUCAUGCUAGUCGAUUCGGUCUCACAUAGUCAUUUUCUUCGCUCCAUGCCGACAACUCUCAAAACACUUCAAUCAAUUCAGAAAACAUCAACAUCAGUAUUUAAUUUUGAAUUAUUUCAGUCUCUGAAAGCUAGGACUUACGAAAACUUACAGGCAAUGGUUUCUGGUGUGUUGUAUGACGACGAGAGACCGUAUUUAGAGCCAGAAUUACCACCUGUGCCAAUAUAUCUAGAACGUUUGUUAUCCGGAUUCAAAAAGCAAGCAUACGAAACCAUGUACACGGAAGACCUUUGUUGGACUUAUAGAUCAGGACUUGUAAAAAAGCUUUUAGCAUUGAUGCCAAAAGGCAACAUCACAACCAGGUGGCAACGUUUGAAAAUGAAGUUGGAAAAAGCCAAGAUUGAUCGCAUAGAUAUGACAUUAUCGAGUUGUGAGAUAUUACAUUAUAAUAAUAUAUAUAACCCAUUUUUUGGACCUCCAGCAGUAUGCUACAACGGGCAAUAUCAACACCAUUAUAUAUUGGAUUACCUGAGUAAAAGACAGAAGUCUUUAGAAGCAAACCAUCGGUCGUUUUUUCAUAUCACGUUGCUUAACAUAAAUCAUGAAGGACGUGGUCGUCGUAUACAGACUCUAGAUGACAGUUUAGCGGAUUAUUUAAAAAUCGCUUCAAAAUUAAACAACACAUUUACCAUCGUUCUCUCUGAUCACGGAAAUACCUACGGCGAAUAUAUUGGGAGAAGUGAAGAAGGUAGAGUGGAAAUGUUUCAUACUUUUUUAUUUAUGGUUGUUCCACCAGGUGUUUCCAAAACCUUAGGAGAAAAGCGUAUGAGUGCAUUAAAUGUGAACUAACAGCGUCUUGUGAGUAUUCUGGACAUCCAUUAUGCUCUGAGGGUUUUAAGCGAAGGAAAGGUAGAUAAAUUAGAUGAAAAACACCAGAAAUAUUCAGUUAAGGCUGAUGGGAUCUUCUCAGAGAUAGCAUCAAACAGAUCGUGUGAUAGCAUUCCUAAAAUUGAUCCAAAUAUCUGUAUCUGUGAGGGUUAUGAAUAUCCUGCUGACAAUAAUGCAAGUUACGCAGUGAUGGCGGAAUUCGCUCUUGGUUCCAUCAACAACGCAAUACAGCAGCAAUUUCGCAAAUCAAAUCCAGAUGCAAUGAGAGGCUUUGGUUCCUGUCAACGACUAGUGGCACACGAUUUUGGUAACAUCAAACAAAGACAA